AUGGACAACGAGAUCCCUCUCCCUCCCCCACGGCGGGUUCGACACCGUUCGCCAUCCCGCUUCGUGCUCCCGGGCUCGGUCGCAUCCUCCUUCCACAAGUCGCGUCGACUGUCGCGCUUCGACGACCGAUCCAGCCAGCCAUCGAGUGACCCGGCGCUCUUCUCCAGCGACGACAUUCCCGCGUCGGGAGUGGAGAAUUACCACGCCCCGAUCGAGGGUGCCGGGCGCAAACGCAGAUAUCGGGGAACCUGGUGGGGAGAGCAGGUUAUCGAUCCCAAGCGAAAGAGAGCCGAUUUCAAGGAGAAGCGGAAUGUCGACAGUGGCGUCUGGAUGGGAAGUGAUGACUCGUUUGCCGAGUCGUGCCUGCCGUCGGAGGAUGCGUCGACUUGGGGAGAGGAUUUGUUGAAGACGGUGCUGGAUCCUCGAGCGCCGAGCAAGGUCCCCAAUGCACCGUUUUUGGCCCGGGCGUUUGAGCCGGCUCCUGCAUCUGUGCAGUCUCGCCCAACGGCUAUUCAGGGACCGGCCGAGUCGGAGGAACACAAGUAUGCGAAAGCCGUGAUUGAUACCUGCCUUGAAAGAGGCGACGACAGCGUCGAUCUUGGUGGCAUCGAUUUGCGCAGCAUUCCCCCCGGCUUGCUUCGACCCCUUCAACAUUUGACCAAGUUGCCUUCCUUACAGGAGGCGCCUAUAUCUGAAAACGCCUAUUUCUCCCUCCAGCCCUUCUUAAGAAUCUACCUCUCGAACAACUCUCUGACGACCCUUGACGCAAGUGACCUCUUCGACUUGAAAGAUCUCAAAGUCUUGAGCUUGCGAAACAACAAACUCUCGCGCAUUCCCGAAGCGAUUCGGAGAUUGACUGCAUUGCAAGUCUUGAACAUUUCUAUGAACCAACUGGAUGAGCUUCCCUGGGAUCUGCUUUGGUUGAUGCAGCAAGGAGAGCUCAAGCAUCUGACCGCGCGUCCCAAUUCGUUCCCGUCCAUUGAUGAGACGGGGCCGGUUGAGUGGCAAUCCCCCUUUGGUGAAGAAGCCGAAGAUCCACAAGGCCAUAUAGAGGACGAAGAAGAAGAAGAAGAUGAUGAAAAAGUUGUACCACCAUCCCAGCACACUCCCAUUUUCCACGAAUACCAAGGCAAACGGGCAGAAGAUGAAUGGAUCCCUCUUCAUAUCGCGUCCGGACCAGUAAAGUACUUGGACAUGGAAGGGCGACCCCUCAACCAUGAUCCAUUCUUUCCUAGUUCCCUCACCACCAGUCCGUGCGCGCCCUCAGCCCCUUCUCUGCGCGAGCUCUCUCUCCGCGCCAUCUCCCGACUCCCAGGCAUCGAACAGCUCACAGACGCCGACUUGAACGAAGGAUUCCCCGCUCUAGUUGUUCCUCUUGUUGCGCUGGCCCGCAGAGCUCGACAAGAAGGGAUCCGGCAUUGUUCAGUCUGUCAGCGGGAGUUUGUCCUGCCUCGAGCAGCCUGGACAGAGUGGUGGGACUGUACACCUCAUGAAAAUGGUAUGAAGAGGCCUCGGGUUGUCGGGGAGCAGCUGAGACCUCUGCCGUUUACAAGGAUGGUCUGCAGCUGGGCCUGUGUACCGCCUCGUCGGCAGUCUACCAAGUAG